UUGAGACGGCGAGACAAGAGGAAGUACCGCAUCCUCUUUGAGACCUGCAAUCUUUGAGAUGGAUCCAGUGAGUAUCAAGGAGGACCUGAGGCUCUUUCAGAGCACUCUUCUCCAGGAUGGUUUAAAGGAACUUCUGAAGGAGAACAAGUUUGUGGAUUGUUUUCUAAAGGUUGGAGAUCGGAGUCUUCCCUGCCACAAACUCAUAAUGGCGGCGUGCAGCCCGUACUUUCGAGAGCUGUACUUUACUGAGGACGGGGUUGAGAAGAAAGACUCCAGCAAGGAAGUCGUGCUGGAGAACGUGGAUCCCGCCAUUAUGGAAAUGAUUGUGCACUAUCUCUAUUCCGCAGACAUCGAAAUCACAGACGAGAACGUGCAAGACAUCUUCGCAGUCGGCAACAGGUUUCAGAUCCCAUCUGUUUUCACCAUUUGCGUCAACUAUCUACAAAACAAGGUGUCUUUGGGGAACUGCUUGGCCAUCUACAGAAUGGGACUGGUUUUGGACUGCCCAAGGCUCGCUGUGUCCGCUAGGGACUUCAUAGCGGAGCGUUUUGAGACUUUGUCCAGGGAAGAGGAAUUUCUCGAGUUCACCGCUCCUGAGCUGUUCGCCAUCAUCGGGUGUGAUUCUCUGAACGUGGAGAAAGAAGAGGUCGUCUACGAGCUCUUGAUGAAAUGGGUCCGGAAGAACAAGGAGAACCGGGCGAUCGCUUUGGGAGAUGCCUUCGAGCACAUCCGCUUCCGACUACUCCCGGAGAAAUACUUCAAGGAGAAAGUGGAGAAGGAUGACAUCAUCAAGGCCGACCCUGAGCUCCUCAAGAAGCUGAAUACCAUCAGGGAGGCUUUUGCUGGAAAACUUCCACAAACGAAGGAUGGUGCGAAAGGUGAAGGCGAAGAAGAGGGAAAUAAAUUGCCCGGUUUUCUGAAUGACAACAAACGGUUGGGGAUGUUCACCAGGGAUCUCAUACUGAUGAUAAGUGACACGGCGGCUGUGGCCUACGAUGCUAAUGAAAACGAAUGCUUCCUAGCGGCGAUGGCAGAGCAGAUACCGCGAAACCACGUUAGCAUUACGUCAAAGAAGAACCUGCUCUAUGUUGUGGGAGGGCUGUUUGUGGAUGAGGAUGAUGAGGAUUCCCCACUGCAGUGUUAUUUUUAUCAGCUGGACACUCAUUCUCCAAACUGGAUUGCCCUGCCCCCGAUGCCAUCGCCCCGGUGUCUGUUCGCCAUGGGCGAGUUUGAAAACUUCUUGUUUGCAGUUGCUGGCAAAGACCUGCAGACCGGCGAGUCUCUGGACUCAGUGAUGUGUUAUGAUGUUGAUAAGAUGAAGUGGCUGGAGACCAAAAAACUGCCCUUAAGAAUUCACGGUCACAGUGUGAUCUCACAGAACGGACUAGUUUACUGCAUAGGAGGAAAGACGGAUGAAAAUAAAACCAUCAACAAGAUGUUUGCGUACAACCACAAGAAGUCAGAAUGGAAAGAGCUGGCGGACAUGAAGACACCCAGGUCCAUGUUUGGAGUCGCCAUCCACAAAGGAAAGAUCAUUGUGGUUGGAGGAGUCAAUGAAGAUGGCCUUUUAGCCUCUUGUGAAGCGUAUGACUUUUCAACAAACAAAUGGGAGGCGUUCCCUGAGUUUGCUCAGGAGAGAAGCUCUGUGAAUGUGGUCAGUUCUGCUGGUGUGCUGUACGUGGUGGGCGGCUUCACUGUGAAGGAGAACGAUGACAAACAGUGUGUCCCGUCAGAAAUCACAGACAUCUGGCAGUAUGAGGAGGACAAGAAACAGUGGGCUGGAAUGAUACAAGACAUGCGAUAUGCUGCCGGCGCCUCUUGUGUUUCUAUGAGACUAAAUUCAGCAAAGAUGCCUAAACUUUAAAAACAUCAUCACUGUCACUGAUUGUAUCCAAUAACAAACUGUAACUAUAUUUUAAAAUAUCAUAAACCACACAAAAAUGAUAAUUAAUUGCACUAUUUAAUUCUUUCCCCGCCAGCAUUUUUGAUCAUUUUCACACAAAAAAUAUAUUUUGAAAAAAAUAUAUUUUGUUGUAUAAAUAUCUGAACCUACAAUACGUCAGAAGAAAGAAGAGAAUCCUCUUUACAAAAAAAACAAAAAAAAAA